AAAUUGUUGUGAGAAUUUGUGUUGGAGCAAGCAUCGCAUCAGUUCUUAAAACAGAGUACGUUUCAAAAGCAGCUAAAGCUUGUUUUCUUCGUCCAUGCCUUCCACUAUGCUUCUUCUUUUUGGAUUGCUACUAGCUAUCUUCAAAACCGCAGGAGCCGAAGUUGGUGUUUGUUAUGGAAUGGUGGCUCAGAACUUACCGCCGACAGCCGAAGUCAUAGACCUUUAUCCACAAAAAGACAUCCGACUAAUGCGACUCUAUGCUCCCGACCGAGAGGCUCUGCAAGCCCUCAGAGGUUCCAACAUCAAGCUGCUGUUAGAUGUUCCGAACGUGGACCUUGGAUACGUAGCUGCCAGUCAAGCCAAUGCAGAUCAAUGGGUCCGAGACAACGUCAAGCGAUACAGCACUGUUAGUUUUCGAUACAUUGCUGUCGGGAAUGAAGUAAAGCCUUCGGAUUCGUUCGCUCAAUACCUUUACCCGGCGAUGCAGAACAUUCUUAACGCGGUAGUUGGACAAGGUCUUGGGGACCAGAUCAAAGUUUCGACCGCUACGUUUUUCGCCGCUCUUCAAGUGUCUUUCCCUCCGUCGGAUGGCAGUUUUCAUCCCGAUUACCAGCAGCUUCUUGGUCCGGUCAUAGGUUUCUUGAGGGACAAGCAAGCUCCAUUACUUGUUAAUACUUACACAUACUUUAGCCACAUUGGAAACCCUGGAGAUGUUCCUCUUGAUUAUGCUCUCUUUACAGCUCCAUCCGGAGUAAUGACAGAUGGUCCGCUGCAGUACCAGAACCUUUUUGACGCAAUGCUGGAUGCAUUUUACUCCGCCUUGGAGAAGGCUGGUGGGGGAGCUUUGGACAUUGUUGUUUCGGAAACUGGUUGGCCAUCGAGCGGUGGACAAGCCACGAGUGCCGAUAAUGCAAGGACUUAUAACACGAACUUGGUUCGCCAUGUGAAUCAGGGACAGGGGACUCCGAAGAAACCCGGAAAAGCUAUUGAAGCUUACUUGUUUGCCAUGUUUGAUGAGAACCAAAAAGAACCGGAACAUGAGAAACAUUGGGGGUUGUUUUUCCCAAACAAACAGGAAAAAUACUCAAUUAGUUUCAAUUAAACCUGCAAAGUCAUUUUUCUUAUUCUCAGGCAUUAAUCAGUAAACUAAACGAUAUAGGUGUUCUGAAGAAGCAAAC